GAUCAAUCCAGCACAGACUUGCUCACAGUCUGUAAUUGAUCAAGAAGAAAAAUGCACAGAUCUUCACAGUCCACGAUCUUCGAUCUACUCCCAAAAUCACAAAUGAUCCAGAUGAAUUCUGAGAUCUUUCACUCUCAAACGAAGAAGCACGCACGUUGAAACAAGAUCUCUCCCUUCUAGUUCUGCCUAUCAGUGAAAGAGAGAGACUUAGCUUCUGUGUUGAGCAUGCUCAAGGUGUUGAGAGACUUUAUAUUUCAAAACUUCAGUAGCAUGAAGAGGUCGUGGUGAAAGUUUUUAUAGGGUAGACUUGUUGUACUUGAUAACGACCUUUGCAAGAAUCAUCUAUCUUCCAACCAGGAGUUCUAAAGAGCGAAUCGUGAUUUUGCCAUGAAUAGACCGCCCUAACUCUAAUUUUUAUAUAAGCCCCUUAUUAGAGGACUCACUCGAUUAACAAUAUUUUCGACCAGACUUCCAACGCUACCACUACCUAACUGACCCAGCCCUUCAUUAUUUGUAAUCCCUUUGAGGAGCAAUUCUCUGACACGCUUGUCGUGGACAAUCACUCAUUUACCUAUCCUUAUUGUUGUCGAGGACGGAACCGGAACGCAUAUGCGCUGUUCUCGAUUUUGUGUGACGCACUACGUUUGCUUGAUUAUUGUCGUCAUUUAACGAUCUACUUCAGAUCAAUAUCCCGUGUUAAAAAGGUAAAAUUGGUUUUUUUGGUAUAUUUGAGCUCAAGCCUUAUCUUCUCGUACAUCCAUCGUACUCAGAUUGUUUUAUCCUACCUCCUAGAAACGAAUUCUCGAUUCGUUAGUGACCCCUUUUUACGCAAUUGAAAGAAAGAUGUACGGGUCGACAGAGGAUUCCAGUCUUGUCGGCAGAGAAGACGAAAGUUCUGGAAUGUCGUUGCAAGCCCUGCAGGCAAAUUUUAAGGCUGCUGAAGCAUCGUCGAGUACGUUUUCAGGAUUACCAACGGCCGCGGAGCGUCAUUCUCGGGAUUUAGAGGAGGGCAUUGAAUUGCAGCAGAAAGCCGGACGAGACGGCGCGGACCGCAGACACAACAUCUCCCAUUUCGAUGUGGACGGGCCGGAUAGAAUUUUUGGUGUGGUAGAAUGUAGCUUCGGAUGGCAAGUGCUCAUUGGCUGUCUCAUAACUGGCCUUCUUGUGCUGAUUAUUGUGUUUGGUGCCUCCAUGCGCGACUGGGCCACCGGUCGUCAUCAUUACUUUGGCCGCAGGAACUUUGUGAGUCGGUACUUGGCUGACGAACUUGGAAUCAUCCCUCAUGCAGGGUACGCGCGCAGUACCAUAGAAUGGGUCGAAGACGAAGUGAUGCACGACGUCGAUGAGUGGCGUAAAAUCCUGCAUUUGCAGCAGAGCAAAGAACAGAACGCCGCAACAACCGGAACAACACUCAGAGGUGGAGGACAACAUGGAAGUGCAACAGGAAUAGCACAUCCGCCAAUAGAGGAAAUCCAUCAGCAUCAAGGCUCCGAUGGAAGCAGUACGACGUCGCCAGCAGGAGGUUCAUCAACUGCGGCAGCGACGACGGCUCACCUCUCGCAGCGGUCGUUGGCCAAUCCCUUUUUCCCUCACUCUUGGUCGGAAGACAUGCCGUCUGACCUCGACUUCCGUAAGCGCAUGAAGAGCCGUGUGUUUGUGAAUCUGGAGAGCUACUCCAGCACAGCAGAAAUGGUCCUGCCGCCACGCGACUUGAACGUGCAUGGUUUCCGCGGCAUCUCGGUGGGGAAAUUCAAGGAGCCCGACAUGAAUGAUAAACAAAAACGCAACCGAAAGUUUCUGUACUUCACGCUAGAGCUCUGGAAUCAAGGCACCGAACCGUGGGAGAUGACGGAUCACAUCGCUCUGCGGGAUCUAGAUCGCAGUUUCUUUCGGCACGAAAUUUUGCAUGAGACGGAGCAAAAAGCGGAAGAGCGGCUCGAGGAGGAGCAAGGAGAGGAGCGUAACGACGCGCAGCUGCUCGACGAUAGUCGCGGUAUGAACUCGAUUCCGCAACACUUGCUGAUGAAGCGACGAGUUGGACAGUUCAAAAACGGUGAAGAUGUAGGCGACAAAAUGUAUGAGGAUCCGGAUGUGAUAGACGACGACGACAUCUGGGGAAAAAGCGUGAAGGAGCACCACCACGGCGUCUUUGGCAAGGACCUUUCCUUUACGCAUGGCGAGUUGGACGACUACGAUCCGAGCACGUCGGAUCACAAGUUGCAUUUGAUGCACGACUUAGGCAGGAUUGUUUCGAGAGAUCCAGAAAGCUUUUUCAGUCUCGUCGGCGUCGAAUAUACUUCUCAAGGAGGCAACGUCGUAGCGGAUGACCUGGCCACAUUCGGUAGCCCUGGAAUGAGUGGUAUUCAGAACCCGUUCACCGGGCAAAAAGAAGCUGGGAUCGCGGUCGACCAAAUGCUUCAUCCAGGCGAAGCGAUUAAAUGGAAGCUGCGUGUCAACUUUGCGGCAAAGGAUGCAAUGCAAAACGUGCGACGAAAAUUCGCGUUCUCCACAGUAGACUGGCUCGAAGACCCAAAGAACCAAGACUGCAGAGAAGACGACGACGGGAAGCGGUGGUGCACCGGCAGAAAACACCCGGUCUUGCGAAAUUUCGGCCCCGUCAUUGUCAUCGAAGCUCAGCCGGUCGGAGAAGAAUAGAAGUAACUCCCUAAGGAGAUGAUGCGUCGAGAAAAAUGUCUGGGUGAAGUAAUUAAUACAAGUUAAAUUUGCUUCAUGCUUUUAAGGCAUAAUUCUUGAUGAGGUUGUGCCAUUUUGGCUUGACUAGAUUUCUUAUCUCCACUCCAAUGGAGCUGUGAAAAUCGCAUACUCGUUGUAAGGUAACGUGACGGCGGCAAGAUCCUUUCUUCCCCAACAAUGGUCUCAGACCUCGAUCCCCUUCCUUCAUAAACGUCGAAUGACCACAUACGCAGAGUCUUCCUGAAAAAGACAACCUCGAGCCUUUCUGAGUGUUUAGAAGUCCCUCUUUCAUGGUGUUCGUACAUUUGAUGCCCGUUGAUCCUGAAAAAAUAGAGCAAAAACUCACAACCAAGCAAGGCC